AUGAAGGCCUUCAUCCUGCCGCUUCUCCUCUUAGGUCUCGGAGGCACGACGGUCAGCGCGGCGCCGCCGUCGCGCAUAGAUACCCGGCAGACCUGGACGGCGAGUUGGUGGUCUUCGGAGCUGCAGCAGUACGGGUGCAAGCCUGUGAUCUUCGUCUUUGCGAAGGCGACGUUCGAGCCUGGGAAUUUGGGCGGGACGAUCGGCCCAUCGCUGUCCGAUGGGUUGAAAUCCGUCUUCGGCGUGACGAAUGUGGCGACGCAAGGUGUGAAUUAUUACGGCCUCGCCGAGGGCAAUUAUUAUCCUGGAGGAGCACCGCCUUGGGGGAUAUAUGAUAUGCAAGCCAUCAUAACCUCGGCAGCGGCCUGUCCGCAUUCUAAGAUCGUGGUGUCGGGUUACAGCCAAGGCGCAGCAAUAGUCCACCGCGCAAUCGAGGGUCUUCCAGCAGCGACCAGGUCCCGGAUCGCGGGCGUCGCGACCUUCGGCGACACGCAGACGCUGCAAGACGGCGGGCGCGUAAAGGGGUACCCGGCGAACCAGACGCUCAUCAUCUGCAACAGCGGGGACAUCAUCUGCACGGGCAUGCUGUGGCCGCUGUUCCCCGUGCACUGGGACUACGUGAAGUGGGUGCCGACGGCCACGCUGUUCCUCGCGCAGGCCGUGCUCGCGGCGAACGAGGCCGACCCGUGGCCGACGAACUCCACGGGCAAUGGCAACGGUAGCACGAGUGCGUUCGGCGGGGAUCUGGAGGCUCUCGGGGGCGAGUUGGGGCCCGGGGUGACGAGGCGUGCGCCGGUGCCGACGAGGCUUGUGGCGUUUCCGGAUAUACCGCCGGUGGAAACUGGGAUUGGUAGUUAA